CCUGCCUUGUGGCUGUUGCUUGCUGGGAUAGACUCCAGCUCCCCCGUGACCCUGAAUUGGAUGAAGUGGAUAGAAGAUGGAUCGAUGGUUCUGUUUAGGUGGUACAGCUGUCUGUAUUGUGUGCUUCUAAUUGCAGGCCACAGUUUCUGCCAGAGCCGCUUUUGUCUGAGUCAAGGCACUGCCUUGCUGGAGAGAAGCGUGCGUGUCUGAACACCUCUUACAAGUCUGAGUCUACCUGUGUUGCUCAGGUGUAUUGUUGAUGAUGUCUCUGAGCACGAUCUCGCCCUGAAAGGACAGGCACAGACGGCGUGUCUGUCUCUGCUCACUCUCCUUCGGGCAUGCCUCCGCGACAGACUUGUAGGAAAUGGCAAAAAGUCUUUUUUUUUUUCUCCUUUCGUUCUGCCUUUAUUUCCAACAUUUCCUAUACGAGCACAGACAGAGGUCUCAGACUGAAAAAGAGGCUUUGUCCUGCCACAGAAGGCACCUUUGGACAUUAAAGCCCACUGUCAGGCAGGUAAGGGGAUGAAAGGUAAUGACACCACAGGUGAGUGGUUCCAAAAACUGCUUCAAUAUCAUUUUCUGCAGGCUAGUCUAGUCUAGUGCAGUUUCUGAUUGGGGAAAAAGAUCUCGGCCUGCGUGUGUCACAUGUUGCCAGUCAGGAGCCAAGUCCAGGGUUUGGAGUUGGGGAGUGUGCAGACAGGGGCGGGAUGUACCAGUCCUCGUACUGCCCUCUGUGCCUUGGCUGGAGCAGGCCUGAGUGUGUCAGGAUGGUGAACAGGUGAAGCCCUGGGGCCCUCUGGGCUUCUGUCUGGAACAUGGGACAAUCUACACGGUCUCCUCUUAUUUCUCACCUCUCUGACCUGCCUGGUCAGUAGUAGCCAAUUGAGACGAGAAUCUCCUCCAGCUGUGUCUCGAAAGAAGACAGGAUAUCGGCUGUAACAAUGGGACUAGAGUUCUCCUCCAGCCUGCACCUUAUCAACAGCAGCUGUGUAGCAGUUAAAGUUUUGUGUUGUGUUGUGGCACUGAGCCGGCAGUGGCUUGUGCUGGCUUGCGUACCUCUGUGGUGCGGCCCGACCCGACCUGGUGGUCAGAGGGAGAGAGCUGGCGAGAGGCAGCUGUGAUCCUCCCCCCCCCACGUGAUCUCAGCAAGGAAGAAUCAUGACGAUGGAGGAGGUGCAGCAGAGCAGUAAUGGCACAGAAACGCAGACUGUUACCAUCCCGACCACCAUCAGCGCCUCCCAGAUCUCGCAGAUUGCCCAGCAGAUGUCUCUGGGCGGCUCUCCGGUGACGGUGGUGCAGCUCCCCGGGGGACAGUUCCAGGUGCAGGGGGUCAUCCAGUCCGCGCAGUCCUCCGUCAUCCAGGCGCCCCAGGUACAGACCGUGCAGGGCUCACAGAUGACGGACAGUGACGACUCCCAGGAAUCCUCAGACAGCGCCGCCUCGUCCCAGAAAUCACGGGAGCUGCUGGCCAGGCGUCCAUCGUACAGGAAGAUUUUGAACGACCUGUCGUCAGAAGAAGUGGCAUCCCGUAACGAGGGAGAAGAGGACAACCCUUCCUCUUCGGCCAUGACAACCAUGACAGUGCCCACGCCCAUCUACCAGACCAGCACCGGCCAGUACAUUGCAAUCGCGCCCAACGGAACCAUUCAGCUGGCCAGCCCCGGGGCAGAUGGCAUGCAGGGCUUGCAGACGCUGACCAUGACCAACUCCGGCACAGCGCAGCAGGGCACCACCAUCCUGCAGUACGCACAGACGCCCGAUGGGCAGCAGAUCCUGGUGCCCAGCAACCAGGUGGUCGUGCAGAGUGCCGGGGGAGACAUGCAGACCUACCAGAUUCGCACCACACCCACCACCACCUCCCUGCCCCAGACCGUUGUCAUGACAUCACCAGUGAGCAUCUCCUCUCAGAGCACCAAGACAGAUGACCCCCAGAUGAAGAGAGAGAUCCGGCUAGCAAAGAACAGGGAAGCUGCCCGCGAGUGCCGCAGGAAGAAGAAAGAGUACGUGAAGUGUCUGGAGAACCGCGUGGCUGUGCUGGAGAACCAGAACAAAACGCUCAUUGAGGAGCUGAAGACAUUGAAAGACCUUUACUGUGUGAAAACAGGGUAACGUGGCCCGGCCCAGCUCGCCAGCAGCCCUCCGUACGGACUCACAUUUGGGGAAUGGGAACAUUUUUUAUUUCCUUUUUUUUUAAAAAAUUUACUUUCUCUGAAUUUUUAAAAAAGGUUAUGAGCAAGAAAAAGAAAAGAAACCCACAAGUUUAGCUUUUCCAUUUUUUUUCCCAAGCAUUUAUAACUUUUAAUAAAAGAGAGACAGUUAUGUUAAGAAGACGUUCCUGAAAACUGACUUGGCAUCUCUUUACCAAGACGCUGUGGAUAAAUGCAAUACAGCCUCCCUGUCUCCAACCCCUUUUUUCACACCAAACCUGGAAUAGUGAAUUGGAUGAUUUUUUUAACAAUAAUGUAACAGUGGUAAAACCAUGACGGCUGUUUUGUGAUCUCCGAUACCGUUGUUUUUUGUGCAUAUUAUGUAUUCGUAAUUCAUGUCUGCCUUUUAUGUAAGUAAACCUUUUGCAUUUUUUCCUUUUCAUAUUGAGGAAAUGUUACAGAGACCACCCCCACUGCUCCUCUCCUUUCCAUCCAGCUGUGUUGCUGUGAGUGUGAAGGGGGGAGCUGGAAAAGAGGAUAACCCCUUUCUUAAGCCGGGUUGUUACUGGGACAAUCGUAUCAGGGAACAUUACUGUGGCUAAAUUUUGGGGUUCAUAUUUAUUUGGAUUGAAUAAACCUGUCAUUUAUUUGGUAAGUGAAUCGAAAUAAAUAUUUUUCCAGCCUUGUUUA